AUGCGUCCUCCAUCUCCCCAUCUUACAGACCCGACCCGCACCAUCCAAGAAUCGGACGCCUCUGUUUCCUCGGACGAUGCGACCAACAUGGAUCUUGAUCUCGCUCUGCCACCGCCCGAUGACGACGUGCUGAACGAGCAGCAUCACAGGAUAUACGCGCCGCCUCCGCGGGUCGCUGCUCGCUUCUACCGACCGUCGCAGGCCCGUCGUCAGAGCUCUGCUGCUUCGUCGCGGCGCAAUUCCUUCUCCUCGGCGCAUUCGCGCUGCUCUUCCGUCCAGCACGCCAGUGCGCGCAAUGCCGCCGACAACGGCCAGAGCAAGUACGUCGCGCAGCAUCUUCGACGGGCGUCCUUCCUGGAGGACCGCCGCGCUCGCCUUGCCGACAGGGCGGCUCACGCCGAAAAAGUGCGGCUCCGCGCUGCCCUGGCCAAGGCGGCGCCGCGUGGCCCGACGGCGUCGGAAGAGCGCGCCCUGGCCGCGCAGCAAGCCAGGGAGCGCAACCUCGCCGAGAUUGUGGCGACUUGCGCCGAGGAGGUUCGAAAGGCAAAACUGGUGGCCGAGCUCACCAAGGAGAGAAGAGAGCAGGAAAUCGCCAAGAUGCGUGCCCAGAUCGAGGAGCGCAUGGCCGAGGCGGAGAGGAGGAGGGAGGAGCUGCUCAGUAAAAACGCGACGAAACGCUCUCGCGGCCAGAGCGUCGCAGCAGCCAGGAGGACGGGCGACGACGCGCCGUCGCAGACCAAGGAAGGGGGGGGGGAGGAGGAGCAGGAGCAGGAGGAGGAGGAGGCCACGAAACCCAGCUUGACCGAGGACGCUGCUGCCGCACGCAUCCAAGGCUGGUGGCGCGGACGCACUCGGAGGUUGGUUACGCUCACGUUCAACGCCCUGGGUCUGUCUGUGGACGGCAUCAGAGACACAUUGUUUGACACGGUCGUGCAACUGCUGGCGCAAGAGGAUGUCCUCGUCGUCACGGCGAGGCUCCUGAGGAUCUGCGGCUUGCGAGAAGGCGACCCUGCGUCGGUGGCGGAGAUGGCUGCCGUCCGCACGUUCCUGAGCGCUUUCCUCAUCCUCGGCCACCCCAACCAGGUGCUGAGCAACAAGCAUGACGAGAGGGACGAGGCAGAGGCCGGGGCGGGCGACGCUCUGGGGGCCCAUCGAUUGCCCAUCGCGGAUCUGGCAAACCCGCAGCUCCGGGACCUGGUCGGCAAAGCAAAGGACCUGCUCGUCUGCUUCGAGAACAUACUGGCGCGGCUGACGGCGUCGAACCGGUACACCUGCCCCCCCGCGCUGAGGGACGCGCUGCCCGAAUCGUACGCCGUCUUUUACAACGCCUUCAUCGCCUGGAAGUCGAGGGACUCGGACGCCCUGAUCGAGGUGAUGCUGAUGCAGUUUGUGGAGCUCGACGCCAUUUUCCACACGGUCAAGGACGCGACAGACGAUGCCGCGGCUGCCCUGUACCGCCAGAGCAUCCAAGACAGCCAGCUCAUGCUGGUGGUGCGAAUCAAGAAGCUGGCCGGCGCCGAGAGGGGGAAAAGACUCAUCUUCAAGGCAGUCAGCGAGGCGAGACGGUCUCGCCGGUCCAAGAAGAAAUCCGGGGACACGAAGCCGCGGGUGGUGGCCGAAAGUUCUGCGUGCGGCGGCGGCGACGGCGACGACGACGCUGCCGCCACGGCCACCAGCCUCGUGUCGGCCGAGUCCCACACGCUCAUGAUGACUCCGCCGGCGACGCCGCCGGGCGGAGGCGACAGGAAGCGGCCGGAUGAUGCGGCGACGCCCAAGGCGGGGGUGCUGAACGGCUUGCUGCCCGACAACCGGGUGGUGGUGCACGAGCUGGCCAUCAAUAGGGAGUACCAGAUCCCGGCGCCCGAGUAUGUCGAGCACAAGGCCGCCCUGGCGCGACCGGUGUACGCAAAGAUGCGGGCCGCCGUGGCCAGGAGCGACACGGCGGCCAACUUUGGCUACUUUAUGCUCAUGGUCGGGUACAUCCGGGACAAGCUGCGGCGGCUGCUCAAGCCCGGCAACUCCAUGCACAACCUGAUUGGCGAGAUGCUGGACCCGGAGAUGGCCGAGAAGCAGUUCCGGGUGGGCAGCUUCUCGUACGAAAAGUUCUUCUCGGCCAUGGGCUCGCUGCUGCCGAAGCUCUGCGCGCCGUUCCGGGACGACGAGGUCAGGGACCUGGUGCAGAACAAGCUCGGGGGCCAGGACCUGAUUGACCGCGUCGAGGCGCUCAACGGCUUCAUCGACGUCAUGAUGUGCGACUACAUCAACUACCUGCUGAAGACGGCGGCGCCGCGGCUGAUCGAGUCGGCGGCGCAGUACGAAGCCAAGCGGUUCGACGCGGACGUUGCGCGAGGGGGGAUGGGCCUGGCCGCCGCCGAGGCCGCCUGGCGCUCCGCCCGGGCCAAGGUCACGGCCGAGGCGCAGAAGCGCGACCCGGAGGGCGUCGGCCACGGCAGGCCGACACACGCGUCGCCGCAGCCCACGGCGGCGCGCUUCUACGCCCAGAUGCUCGUCGACGUCUUCACGCAGCCGACGCCGGUGCGGGCGGAGCACAUCCCCGAGAUGCUGCGGCUCGACGGCCAGCGCGUGGCCGACGUGUCGGCGACGGUGCAGCGCAUCGUCACCGCGGGCGCCGUGCUCCUGCAGUGCAAGAACCUGCUCAAGCGGGACGUGCGGUCGCCGUGGAAGACCGAGGCCAACCGCAUCAUGGCCGUGCUCGAGGCCGACCACGCCUCGGCCGAGGCCACCCUGCAGGGCACCAUGGCGGCCCUGGAGGCGGGGCGCUCGAUGCCGGCGGCGACGCGGGGCCACCUGCGCGCGCUGGUGGCCAAGGUGCUCAAGGCGGGCCGGGAGAUGGGGCGGCAGGGCGCGGAGCCGCGCGAGCCGGUGCUGAGGCUGCUGCUGGCCAGGCUGAGGGGCAACAUCCUGGCGAGGCUGGCGCCGGGGUCGGCGAGCGACAAGGUCAGGGCGGCCAACGCGGCGGGCGAGAGGCUGGCGAGCCUGGGGCUGUCGGAGUUUGUGGACCGCGUCAGGGGGAUAGCCGACCUGCUGGACAAGGUGGGGAGCGUGGACCGGAGCGCGCACGGGGUGUGGUGGGACGCCGUGAGCGCCAAGGUGGAGCAGGAAUGA